CAACAAAAUCCAAACAUAAAUAUAAUUUAUAAGGGGCCAAAAAGGAAAAACUUGACCGUGGAUGAUACCCUGGAAAACACCGUGUCUCGUUAGGAAGUGCGUAUAUUACAGUUAUUGUGGAAAUUACAUCAAUAGACAAAUAAAUAAAAUCAAUUAAAUAAUAUAAUAAUAUUUUGUAACAAAAAAGAGGACGUGGAAUUUGAACAGUAAUUUGUUUUCAUACCGAAUGGCGCUUUCGUUUUUAUCGCAAAGUUCCGGCCUUUUGGAUAUAAAAAGCAUAUUUGAUCCACAAUAUUCAUUACAACAACAUCAACAAGAAAAUCAACAUCAGCAACAUCAACAACAACAGCAGCAGCAACAACAACUUUAUUUGCCAUCACAACAACAACACCAACAUCAACAACAACAACAUUAUCAAAUAUCACACAUAUCAACGAAAUUUGAUUUGAGCAUUUUCAACGAUUUCGACCAAAUGGAAUUCAAUAAUAAUUUGAGUCGAAACCAUAAUCAGUACCAGAAUAACAAUAACAAUAACGAUAAUAACAGUACCAUCAACAAUAAUAACAACCACAAUAACAACAACAACAACAGUGAACAUUUAAAUCAGGUCCAAAAUCGUCAUUUCAUGAGCGGCUAUCAUCAUCAGCAUAUUGGGUCGGAUUAUGAGCAAGUGAUUAACUUUGUUGACUCGCCACCGACCUCUGAGGAAUCUUGGACAGACGCACAGUCCAAGGAUUCACCAGGACCACAUAUUAUCGACGUACGGACAAUUUACUCAGAGAGUGGUUCACGCAAAAGACGAAUGGAUUGGGACUCAUUGGAUAUUGGCCAAAGUGAAAAUUCGCCGACAACACAAUCGGGCGACAUACCCAAUAAGGUAGCACAUCUCGAGAAAGAUAAACACAAACGUGAAAAGCAUUCAGGUCGCAGCAGCUGGAGCGACGAUAUUGGCUUCGAUCUGAACGCCGAUUUUAAUAGCAACUCAUAUUUGAACAAUGAAAACUUCUUGGCCUUCUCGCCGAGCUUAACGGCAUUGAAACAGGAGCCGCAAACGGAGCAGCUGAAACCGACUGCAAAGCUACCCUUGGACAGCAGCUCUGCGGGGGCUGUGCACAAUAUUGGCAAGAUCGACAAGUCGCCAUUGGGCGAUGCCAAUCAUUCACCACAGCGGCCGGUCCAAUCCCAGGAAGUGGUUGGCGCUGCUUCAGGAACAGUAACAGCUGUUGGCAACAGUGGCAGCGAAAGCGGUGGCAAGCAUGAGUUGAACUCCGCUAUUAUAUGCGGCUGUGGCUCACCACAAAGCUCGCCCGCCUCAACGGAAUUUGAACUGAAGGACAGUGCCACCAAUAGAAAUGCAACUGCAACGGACAAAACCAUUGCUGCAUCUGGCAACGAGGCUUAUGCCCAGGCGCCACGCUCUGAGCUGCCGCAGCAGGUGAGCGUUGUUGAAGCGGCCAAAAUUGAGCCAAGCUCAUCCAGUGGUGCAUCACAUGCCGAGGAUCACAAAUUCCAGUACAUUUUGGCAGCGGCCACCUCAAUUGCGACAAAGAACAAUGAGGAGACUUUGACCUAUCUGAAUCAGGGUCAAAGCUAUGAGAUCAAAUUGAAGAAAAUUGGUGAUUUAUCAUUCUAUCGCGAUAAGAUUUUGAAGAGCGUUAUCAAAAUCUGUUUCCAUGAGCGUCGAUUGCAGUUCAUGGAACGCGAACAGAUGCAACAAUGGCAAGCAUCGCGUCCUGGUGAUCGCAUCAUUGAGGUGGAUGUGCCAUUAUCGUAUGGUUUGUGCCACGUGUCGCAGCCAUUGAGUUCGAGUGCACUGAACACGGUGGAGAUCUUUUGGGAUCCAUUCAAGGAGGUCGGCGUCUACGUCAAGGUCAAUUGCAUUUCAACAGAGUUCACACCAAAGAAGCACGGUGGUGAAAAGGGUGUACCGUUUCGUCUACAAAUUGAAACCUAUAUAGAAAACUCACCAGCAAAUAGCAGCAACAGUAACACCAGUAGCAGCACUAGCAGCAGCAGCAGUGGCAGCGGUGCCAGUGUCAAUAACAACACCAACAGCAACACUAGCAAUACAACAACCAUCAACAACAACAGCAACAGCAACAACAACACAUUAGGUGGCACAUCGGACAGUCGUGCCGCACUCAAUGGCAAACAGGCGGUGCAUGCAGCUGCUUGUCAGAUUAAGGUCUUCAAGCUAAAAGGCGCCGAUCGCAAGCACAAACAGGAUCGGGAAAAAAUACAGAAGCGGCCAACAUCUGAGCAGGAUAAAUUCCAGCCCAGCUACGAAUGCACCAUAAUGAAUGAUAUAUCAUUGGACCUGAUAACGCCAACCACCACAACAGGCUGCUACAGUCCCGAGUAUAUGAAACUGUGGCCGAAUUCGCCGGUGCAUGUACCAAAAUACGAUGGAAUGCUUCCAUUUGCGAGCAGCGCAUCACCAGCGGCCAGCAGCAGUCCCAUUGCGAUCAAUUCAGUGACAUCAACAAAUUCGCCAACAUUGAAACUAAUGGAUGCCACAAAUAUGGUAUCGCCGCCACAUGUGCCAGCAGAUAUGGAAGACUAUAACCAGAACAUAAUGCCGGACUCGACACCGGCACAAGUGACACAAUGGCUGACCAAUCAUCGUCUGACGGCCUACUUAGCCACCUUUACUCAUUUCUCGGGCGCGGACAUUAUGCGCAUGUCCAAGGAGGAUCUUAUACAAAUCUGUGGACUUGCCGAUGGCAUACGUAUGUUCAAUAUUUUACGCGCCAAAACGAUUGCCCCACGUCUGACUCUCUAUGCGAGCAUGGAUGGCUACAGCUACAAUGCGAUCUACUUGCUCUCCAACACGGCCAAGGAGUUGCAGCAGAAGCUGUACAAGUUGCCGGGCUUUUAUGAGUUCAUGGCGAAGGGCGGAUCUGGUGGCGCCUUGGAGAAUGGCGGUGUUGCAGCUGCGGCUGCUGCUGCUGCGGCGCUCUACAACAAUUGGGGCAUGCAUUCAAAAUACUCCGGCAGCGGCUCGAACAUAUUCAAUGAGGUUAACAAGAGUUGCGUGUAUAUUUCGGGUCCAUCGGGCAUUCUUGUCAGCGUCACCGACGAGGUGCUCAACAAUGAGAUCAAGGAUGGCAGUCUCUAUUCCCUGGAUGUGCAGGGCGGCAAAGUUGUCUUGAAAUUUAUCAAUAAGCAGGAUAACAAUUAAGUAAUUUCGUAUCUAAACUUCUUUGUUGUCGAAUUGCCUUUGUUCAUUGCUAUGCUAUUAAAGCUACAAGGAAAUUCCAAAGAAAGAGUAUAAUUUUUAGCAUUUAUAACCAACAAACAAAUUUAUCGAAAAACACACACACGUAUUACAGUUAUAUACACACACACAUACACAUACCUUUUUUAUUUGUAAACAAGUUUUGAUUUGACUGAGAUUUCACGAAGCAAUCUUGAACAAGUAGCAACAUUUAAAACCAACAAAUCGCCCCAUUACUAAAUUUUUAGUGCAAUAUAUUCGAUUUUUGGAUUCCAUUUAUUGGUUCUAUGUUUUAUUCAUUUAUUUCCAUUUUCUUUAUCGUUUUCAUUUAAUAUUCUUAGGCUAAAUGUUUUAUAUUUUUGUCCAACGCAUUUUAAGCUUAGAUCUUUGUUUAAUACAUACAGCAUAAAUAUUGUAAAGAUAUACGAAGUAGAACAAAAGUAAACAAAAAGAAAACAAAAAAAAAAAGAUAUAAAUAU